GCGGCGGCCCGGGCGAUAAGGGGAGUGGUGGCGCGGGUGGGCCGGCAGGCCGGGCUGGGAGCGGCGGCGGCGGCGCAGCGCCCGGGCCGACCGUAGGCGCGCCAUGGAACCGCCGCGGUCGCGGCCGCCCCCGCCGGGCAGGGAGGCGCAGUCCGGGUGGGGCGCGGCCGCGCUGCUGGGCCGGGAGCGGCAGGCCCGCGAGCUGUGCCCCGGCGUGAGGAGCCAGCCGUACGUCUGCGAGACGGGCCACUGCUGCGGCGAGACCGGCUGCUGCAUCUACUACUACGAGCUCUGGUGGUUCUGGCUGCUCUGGACCGUCCUGAUCCUGUUCAGCUGCUGCUGCGCGUACCGGCACCGCCGCGCCAAGCUGCGCCUGCAGCAGCAGCAGCGGCAGCGCGAGAUCAACCUCAUUGCCUACCACGGUGCCUGCAACUACCCCCCCUCCGCGGUGGAUCUCAGGAUGUUGGCCUCCUUCAAGCUGCCAGCCUACGAGGAGGUGGCCCAGUGCCCCGCCACUCCCCCGCCCCCCUACAGCGCCGUCCUCCUGGGGGGCGCCGUCGGCCGCCUUGGCUCCAGCACGUUGACCCUCACGGGCAGCUCUGAACACUCCACCAGCUGCUCCUGCGAGUCCAGCUGCCUGACCUCUCCCAGCAGCACCUCCCUGUCGGCCACCGAGGUCAGCAGCCCCAGCGAAGGGGAGGCCGAGGGGGAUGAGGUUUGCAGCAGCCACGCAGGGGGCAGCUGGGAGCCGGAUGCCCCAUCAGAUGCCCCCCUGGCAGCCUCCCACAAGCACGCACUCUUCUCCUCCAACGUGGAGCUUUUUGAAAGUGACCUGCGGCGCCUCUCCGAUGGUGAGGAGGGGCCAGAUGCUGGGGAGGAAAGCGGCCACCUGCGGCACCGGCGCCUGACUGGGGACUCAGGGAUCGAGGUGGGCCGAGGCCAAGACGACGAGGACGCUGCAGGCGUGGACAGCGAAGAGGAGGCCGCUCACCUGCUUGGCAAAGGGGCUGCCUGCAGUCAGCACAGGGAGUGCUCCGAGGGGGGGGCAGAAGAACUGGCUCCCUCACCAACGUUGCCUGUCUGAAGCAGGGCUGUUGUGCUCUGCUGACCUGGCACCACCUCCGGGACUGAGUGCUGCCGCCUCCCUCGUGGCCGGGGAGCAAGGCGGGCGGCUUCUGCCUGCUGUUCACUGGAGAAUUACCGCCUUACCCUCACGAGCUCUCACACUCCGCCUCUUAUCUGCCUGAGCCAUGCAGCCAUCUCCUUGGUCCUCCCUGCUGCCCUGCCACCAACACUCCGGUCCCUGCUUAGUGCUGGCUCAGGAGCCUCCUGGGGACAGGAUCCCAGAGCCCACAUGGUAGCCGUUGGGGCAGAGUUGAGCUACUUGCUGGAUUGUAACUAUAGUAACAGCUCUAUGUACGCGCAGUUCCUGCUGUGCUCCAGCUUUGAUGUAAGGUGUGGGGGGGGGGCUGAGGACUUAGUCCCUCCCCAUUUCUACUUUGCAGCGGGGUUUGCUGGUUGCAUGAAGAGAUGGCUGUUGCUGACCCCUGCUCCAUGAUCCAUCCAGACUGGCCUGGGAGCGGGGAGCUGGCCUUCUCCCUUCAAGCUGCUAGAAGCAGCUUUGUCUGUCUGCAUCAUACCAGUGCCUGGUAGUCUUUAGUGUGGGCAGCAGUACGUGCUUCUUAUUAAAUGUGGAAAAUCCUGA